AUGACGGCCGUGAAAUCACCGUCACAUAUUAGCACAUUCUGUGACGACCUCGAUAGCUUCCAUGACGAGUGUGGAUGGGACACAAAAACAUUACGGAAGAUAAAGGCAGCACCCACUUCCCCUAUUCUCCUGGUCCUCUCCCCCAAUUCUCUCCACGCAUCAGAUCAAUCGGAGGCGUCCUCCGAUCCGUCCGCCCCAGCAAGUCGAACGGCGCUGCCCUCCCCAUCUGCAGGUUCCACCGCCGGCCUCGCCCGCGACCUUCUCCUCUGCGCCCCACCCCGCUCGAACGCCACUGCCCUCCUCGCCGGCGGGAUCGGAGCCGCCGGCCUCAGCCCCGACGUCUUCUUGUGCGGCACUUCCCUGUUCCCUCCGACGAGUGCUGGUCUGUCCGCAAUCACGAUAACGCCUGCACUCCGACUGAGUGGUAGUACAAUCAUGCCCGCAACUCCAGAGUAUGAGAGAAACAGGUUGGCAAGGAUUGAGAAGCGCAAGGCUGAGGAGGCAGGGCAUCUUGCAAACAUACGAAACAUAGCUAGUCAACUGAACAAAUGGUCAGAUGAAGAAAACAUGAAAAUCUGUGCGAAGAACAAGGAGAACCGAGAAGCUGUCAAGCAUCACCAAACAGCAGGCUCUAGGUCUUAUCCUUCUCAUUUCCACCAACUUAAAAACGACAAGUACAACAAUGAGGACCCUAGUCCCAUUGAGUUUUUCAAAGAGACCAAUACCAAUAGAAAGACGGGAUGCAUGAGCGCCGCUGCCCUUGAAGUUUAUAAUAACAUGGAAAAGAGAAGGAGUGAAGCACAACAAGAAGAUGAGCACCUGGUGUAUGGUACACAUAUUGUGGCUGAAGUUCUAAAGGAGCACAACUCCUCAAGCACCUUCCUUUCAACCAUGGGGUACCAAUCAAGAUCUGAGACGUUUAGGACAUCAGAUUCUGAAUAACGUAUUCGAGAGUUAGAAGAAAAGGUUGAACAACAUAAGAGAGAAGCAAUAGAGGCAAAUGCAAUGUACCGACAACAUUUAACCGAGAGAGGUCAAAUGCAAGAGGCUGCACUAGAAGAGAUGCAAAGGAAACAACAAGAAGAAUUAGCGGCAAUGAAGAAGAGCCAAGAAGAAAAGAAUAAAACAUAUGA